UGCGUCACAGCGGCCCAGACUCGGAGCCGCCGCGAUCCCCGUUAGCCUUCUGUUCGCUCGUUUGGUCGAUCGCCUGCAGAUAUGGUCAAGAUCGGCUUCAACUCGCCUGUCGCUCAGAAGGAUGGGAAAGGCGCUCUCCUGGUGCCCGAACCGGAUCCAGAAGCUGCUGCAGUGUCUGGAAGAGAAAAUUCCACUGGAAGAUGUUUAUUUACUCUUCUUGGAUUGGCUUUCAUACUAUCUGGAUUGAUAAUUGGAGGAGCUUGCCUGUAUCGAUUCAUUGUGCCAAAGAACAAAGUGUUCCAUGGUCGCAUGCAGUACUUGGAUUCUCGUAUCCUAUCAGAUGACCCUGAAACAGAGGCUCCUUAUUCUUUUGCUACAGAGGAUGUGCAGUUCUUGGGAAAUGAUGGGAAUGUGGCAUUUAUUGAUGUCCCAGUUCCAGAAUUUGAUGAUGCUGAUCCAGCAGUCAUUAUUCAUGAUUUUGAGUUGAUCCUAACUGCUUAUCUUGAUCUGAAAUUGGAUAACUGCUAUGUGAUUACUUUGAAUACUUCUGUCAUCAUGCCUCCACGCAACCUGCUCGAAUUGUUCAUGAGACUUGCAACAGGUGACUACUUGCCUCAGACCUACCUUGUUCAUGAAGAUCUGAUGGUGACUGAACGUAUUGACAAUGUUGAUCAGCUGGGUUAUUUCAUCUACCGUCUCUGUUCAGGGAAAAAGACCUACAGAUUGCAGCACAGAAAUAUGCUGAAAGGUAUCCAGAAACGCUCAACAGAAAACUGUCACAGAAUCAAGCACUUCGCUAAUAACUUUGUGCUUGAUACCUUGAUCUGUGAACCAUAUGGAAUUUAAAUGAGGGAUGCUAUUUUUACCCAGCUGACUGUAGAAGCUUUCCACGUGCAGUACACGUAAUCUAUAAGUAAUGUGUGACAAUCAAAAGCCUUAUUAGCUUUGCUUUGCAGUUUGUAUUCCAGUGCAAAUACUGUUGCUUCACUAAAAGGCUUUUCCGAUGCAGCUUUUGUUUGCACUGUUUAUUCAAUAGAUUUAUCGACAUCUGUUCUUACAAAUUUGCAAUGUAGUUUUUAUUCUCGAUGUAAUCGGACUACUCAAAGGAAAUUAAGAAAUGUACUGAUGUCAGGGAAUGGAAAGUCCAUUUUUUCUUUAAUGGUAAUACCUUUCAAAGUGUAUUUCGAAAGAUUGGCAUUCACAUGGAAAGCAGAAUUAGAAUUUGUGCACCUACUGUAUUGAACUUGUUUUGUAAUGUAAACAUUUGAAAGUGAGAUUUACCUUGUUUUUGUGAUGUAUCAUGGAAUAGUUUGAUGUUCGCACAAUUAUAUAACAGUCUUGCAUAAAAGUGGAGAAUCCACUCAACAAAAAAGUUUUUGAUUUUAGAUACUCAGCUGUGGUUAAUUCUAAUUCUUACAAUUUAAUAAGUAAAUUCUGCAGCCUACAUGUUGUUAGAGCUCCACUCAGAUGUCAUCUGAUUUGACAUAAGGUGGAAAAAAUCAAAUUGGAAGAUACCUAUCUAGUUUAUUUUCCAGCAAUUUUAUUGAACACAGGACUACAUUACAGUUGAGGUUAAAUUUGAAUUACUUACCCUGUGGACCAUGUAAUGUAUUUUCUCAGUAUUGUAACAUUUAUUAAAUGUCCUUAAAAUUA